CGAAUUCUAAUUACCCCUCUUCUAGCUCGCCAAGAUGCUGAUCGUUUCGCCGGAGUUCAAAGUCUCCAACGAGAUACUAACGAUCACGGCGAUGCUGAGCAUUCCGAAUGUCUGGCUUCGGCCACCAAAUCAACGAGCCGCUGCGGACCAAGCGAAAGCCAUGCUCACCGUCCCCGAGGGCGACCAUUUGACGAUGUUGAACGUGUUCAACAAUUAUUCGCAGAAUAAACACGAUCGUAACUGGGCAUGGAACAACUUUCUGUCGGCUCGUGCCCUUGCGCAGGCGGAAAAUGUGCGCGCGCACCUGUUGAGGACGAUGGAAAAGUACGACAUAGAUGUGAUAAGCUUGGAAGAUGAAAAAAAGCGGAAUCUAGGGAUACGACAAGCACUGACUUGUGGAUUUUUCAUGCAUGUGGCACAUAAGGAGGGAGAAAUAGACAGUUAUUUGACGGUCAAGGACAAUCAGGUCGUCGCUCUUCAUCCUUCUUGCGGCCUCGAUCCGCAACCUGAAUGGGUUUUGUACAACGAGUUCGUCUUGACAAAAAGGCCAUAUAUCAGGACAGUCACGGAAGUUAAACCUGAAUGGAUCUUGGAAUAUGCACCUGUAUACUUUGAUUUGGCUUCGUUUCCAGAGGGAGAGACAAAAAGAGCGCUGCAGAGGAUAGCCAAAAGUCGUGGAAUCAGCAACGAAGGCGAGAGAAAAACGAGAUCAAGAAGGAAGCCCAGAAAAGAGAAAAACUGAAUUCAGCACCAUUUGAAGAUUGGAGCGCUGUAGAGGCAGCCAAUAAGCGUCGUGGAACAUGCGCCGUUAUAUUUGACAGAGCUUCGCUUUCAACGGUACAGAUGAAGAAGGUAGCGCAGGUAGUCAAUGACUGAAGCCA